AUGGCUUUGUCUGCUGAGCUCGUUGCGGACAUCUCGUUCAAGCUGGCACAGGUGCAAGAGGGCGAUCGACUUGUAAAGACGGUGCAUGCGGCUAUCAGCCAGCUUGAAUCGCAGGGCCACGUCUACACGACGCAGCUUCAACCGACCAUGGUCGGGAUCAGUUCCCAAAACCGUGACGGCAGCGGCAUCAAUCCUGUCGAUGUCCACGAUCUUUUGGGCGACAUAGUUCAAGCCGGCUGGCUUGAUGCCAGGGUUCAGGCUAUCGCCCAUGAGCCAACUGGGCAAGAGGACAUCGAUUGGAAUGUCCGUCUGUUCGAAAGCAUGCAUGAUCGCUGUGGGCCCCUGGAGCCCACGAUGAUCAAAGCACUCUCCCUGGCAGGGUCACACACAAACUCAGUCUUGCGGUGCUUCCACUAUGAGGUCAUGCAUGAAGGAGACGAGACCGUGUGUCAUGAUGGAAGACUCAGCAUGGAGCUGCUUCGGCGGCACGAUCCGGACUUCGCGAGGGCGGUUCGCGAAGGAGUCGUUUGGAAGAUCUUGUCAAAGAUGGGCAACGCCACACUUCACCGUGGCGAACACGAGCUCCAACUGAUGAGACGGCUGCAUCAGACUUGGGUCCAGAUGAGCUCUCAGGGUUCUGUGGACUUCCUGGCACUGAAAAGCAAAGUCACCACGGGGAAGUCCGUGCAUGGCAAGUCCAUGCCGCAUCUUUACAGUUUCGUGUUAAAGACUGCGGGUGGCACAGAUCCGUUCUUGCUCAACGAGACUGAAACCUUCGUUAGGCUGCAUUCCCCCAGCACACGUUCAUUGGGACCUGGUUUCUGGGAGAAGGUCAGUGCCGAUGUCAAAGGUUCCAACCAAUUCCCACGGUUCCGGCAUGCCAUGGUGAAGCUUGCAUACUGCAAAGAAGCUGUGGGGUCUGCCAAGUGCAAGAAGAUGCUGCACAAGGAUUCAACGGCCUCUGUCAAGGAGGCAGACACCAUCAUGAGCACGUGGCGAAAGCUGGUGACGGCCCUGCCGAAUGGCGCAGAGCUUCUCAUGAAACCCGAAGUGCAGACCUGCUUGUCCUAUGGGGACAUGUCCUUGGCUGCCUUCACCCUGAAUGUGAUGUUGCCCGGGAUCCUCAAAACAGACCUGAAUGGGCCCUGGGCGGCACACAAGGUCGCAGAUUCGGGUGACGCAUCGGGUUCCAAACAGGUUGGAGCACCCAAGGCCAUCAUGAGGGAGCUGAGCUCCGACGGCUCAGUGAAGGAUUCAGCGCUGAUGCUGGAGGAAGCCGGCUUUUCUGUCGGCCAACAUGUCCGCCGAAAGGCGGACCAGGAAACGGGCCAGUUGAUGGCCAUGGAGCUUGGCCGUGUCAAGUUGAAGCAGCCCUCGGGGUCCAUAGUGCGGGUGUCGAUCGACAGCUUCCUGGCAGGGCAUUGGCAGGUGUUCACACCCAAGCCGGAGCCCCAGACGGUGGAUGACUUGUCAGUGUACUCGCCUUUGAACUUCCCCGAAUACGAGCGACAGAUGCUGUUGGCAUGCUUGUACAUGGACAUGCAUGAGCUCAUGCAAAAGCACGAAACGAAUCCCAUGCUGCAGAAGCUCAAGGAUGCGAUUUUCGAUAUCAUCACCCCCAUGAGUGACUACUUCUUCUGGAUUGUUUCGUUCAUUCAGAUUCCGAAAGCCGAAGGGGAUGCUGGCUUCAUCAAUCCUGCAUUCCUUGUGCAGCCGCUUCCCGUGAGUGACACUUGGAAUUGCGAGGUUUCGCAUGUCAAGUCCAAUCGAGACAAGAAGGUUCAACUCCCCAUCCUCAAGAACACCCUGGACGUGCAGCAGGACGAUGUGCUGUAUAUGCCAAAGGCCGAGAAGACUGUGCACGUCGAGGCCUUGCAGGCUGAGACCCCGGCCAAGGAAGCGAAUCUGCUCCAAGAAGCCGGGAGACUCCUGAAGCCCGCGUGUGAUGCAUCCCAUGCCAUUUUGUAUGCAGCUGUCCUAUAG